GAGUACGAUGGGAUCUCAUUCUACACAAGACGAUAUUUGUACUACAUUUUCAUUCGCAUUCUUCAUUGGCCCAUAUACAUUAAGCCUAAUUCAAAACAUUCAAACUACUAAUCCGAAUGGAUUCCCUUCCACUCAGGAACAUCACAUCUUCUGCAAUCCAUGCUGCCCCCAAUGCAGGUUCCUCCUCUCCUGGUUCUUGUUCUUCUUCGUCCAUACCACACACGUCAUAUCCACCGCUUCAGCAGCAACUCGCAGAAAUUCCUUCUGAAACAAAAGAAACACAAGCACGAUUUCAGGUACAGACAAAUGCACAGCGUACACAGCCACAACCACAAUCACAGCUUUCCACUCUGUCAUAUCAGGAUCUUGCUCAGCCAUCAUCACGCUCGUUCUCCACACAUUCUACCCCAUUAAGGCCAGUACGCCCGAGGAUGCUUUUUUCACGUCCAUCGUCUGCUCGAUUGUCUCGUUUUGGGGGGUUGCCUCAGGCCCGUUCGAGAAGUAACAGUCAUGACUAUAACAGCCCGGCUGAGGGUUCAGUCUAUGAUUCUAAUUUGACUUGGGCACAGCGACUCAAUAUGAUGGCUCAACACAAGGCAGCCGAGUCCCAGGGUUUUAUCUGGGACUCUCUCGAUAAUAACAUGGAAGGGGUGCAGGAGGCAAGGCAGAUGCGCAAGCAUGGACUCUUACGGCAUUUCACAAACCGAAAAGACACAUCAUACAAUGCCCUUCGGUCAGCCAUUCGGCUUCAGAAGGCUGAGAAGAGGUAAUGAAAAUUAACCGAUAUGAAUUGUCCUACCCUUAUGUCCUUAUUCCUUUUCUUCGUUUCCACACAGUCAAAGGCCCGCUAUAUUUCUCCAUCUACA